GCCGGCCGGGCUGAUAGGGGCGGGGUGCAGGUGCUGGCCGGGCUCUGCUAUGGAGCGCGCGGAGCCGGUCUGGGAGCGGGCCUGGGCCCUCGACGAGAUCCGCAAGGGCAGCCAGAGCUGGUCGCUGGCAGCGGACGCCGGGCUUCUGCAUUUUCUGCAAGAGUUUUCCCAGCAGACCAUCUCCAGGACGCAUGAAAUUAAAAAGCAAGUAGAUGGACUGAUUCAUGAAACAAAAGCCACAGACUGUCGCCUACGUAAUGUCUUCAAUGACUUUCUUAUGUUGUCCAACACACAGUUCAUUGAAAAUAGAGUAUAUGAUGAAGAAAUGGAAGAACCUAUUCCCAAAACUGAAGUAGGAGACAAAGCAGAACAGGAGAAAACCCGGGAACAAAAAGAAGCAGAUUUGAUUCCUAAAAUCCAGGAAGCGGUGAACUAUGGGUUGCAAGUGCUGGACAGUGCAUUUGAGAAGCUGGACAUCAAAGCAGGCGAUUCAGAGUCUGAAGAGGAAGAAACUAAUGAAAGGGUAGAACUAAUACUGGAGCCAAAGGAUCUCUAUAUUGAUCGGCCUUUACCUUAUUUAAUUGGCUCCCAGCUGUUCAUGGAACGCGAUGAUGUUGGGCUGGGGGAUUUCUCUAGUGAAGAAGGGUCAGUAGACAGUGAUCGUGGGAGUGUAAUUGACAGUGAAGAAAAAGAUGAAGAGGAAUCGGAUGAUGAAUUUGGAAACCCAAGUGAGGACAACCAAAAGCCAAUAAGGAAAAGGACAUUGGUGAGUGAUGAGGAGGAAGAGGAGGAUGGGUGUGACCUCUUUGGUGACUCUGAAAAAGAGGAGGAAGAGGACUUAGAAGAAAACACAAGGCCGAAAAAGAAAAGACCAACGUCGUUUGCAGAUGAGCUGGUGGCCCGGAUCAAAGGGGAUGUGCCUAGCAAACAGGAUGGAGAACAGUCCUCACCGUCAGCAGAAAUCAAAACAAAGAAGACUGUGAAAGAAAAGAAGGAAAUUAGAGUUCCAUCAGAUGAUGACGAGGAUGACAUCUUCAAACCUCCCAAGCUGACUGAUGAGGACUUCUCGCCAUUUGGUUCGAAGGGUGGCCUUUUCAGUGGCGGGAUGGGACUCUUUGACGAUGACGAGGAGAGCGAUCUUUUUGCUGAAGCACCAAGAGGGGAAGACUCGAAAGAAAAAGAGCUGCGAGCCCCAAUAAAUGAUGAGCCAUCAACAAAGGCUUUACGGAAAGUUCCUGCAGGCGCAGUCUCUCUUUUCCCAGGUGGGAAUGACGUGUUUAGUUCCACCUCUGUUCUCGUGGAGAAAGAAAACAAGAAGCCCAUGGAGCAGAGCACAGAGAAAGGCCCCAAACAGCCUGGGAAAGUCAGUCUGUUUGAUGAUGACGAUGACUUUUUUGUGGAACCAACUAACAAACAUUUGAAAUCGGUCAAAUCCACUGCUGAUUUCUUUGACAAUGAUGGUGACUUAUUCAAGAAAAAGGCUGAAGUUCCUGCAGCUGUCAGUAAGGCAGCUGAAGUGCUUAAAGAAUCCAUGGGAGGGAAAAAGAGUCAGCCGUCUUCCAGUGAGGACUCCAAGUCUUUAUCUGACAUACUUCCCAAAAACCAAAGAGGCCUAUUCUCUGAUGAAGAAGAUUCUGAAGACUUGUUUUCAUCAAGUCAAACAGGGAAGUCAAAGAGCACAUCUCUACCACCCAGCAAGUCAGCCACAAAAACCCCACUCUCCUUCUUUGACUAUGAGGAUGAAGAGGAUCUGUUUGGUACUGCACCUGCUAAGAAGCAACAGUCAAAACCACCCCAGGAGAAAGCAAAACAAUCGGAGCUCCUCAAAAAACCCUCUGGCUCGUUGUUCAGCAGUGAUGAGGAGGACCACUGGAACGUCAGCAAGCCGACUAAACCAAUUUCCGAAGACAGCCAAAAGGGGGAACCUGCAAAACCUGUCAGUGCAGUCAGUCCGGCUAACAUUAUGAAAAAGACUAGCCUCUUUGAGGAGGGUGAAGAGGAGGAGGAGGAGGAUUUAUUUGCAAUCACUAAAGACAGUCAGAGGAAGCACCAGAAGGCUUCUCUUCUGUUUGAAGAAGAUGCUGUUAAUGGAGGACCGUUCUUCAGCUCCCAGCCGACACAUGUUCCUUCAGCAGCUAAAACCACAGCGGAAAAAGCAAAAAUGCCUCAGGCGCCACCUUCAUUAUUUGAUGAAGAGAAGAAAAAGGAGGAUUUGCUGGACACAUCAAAGACUGAACUGGUAGAAGAGAAGUCAGGACAUUCAGAGGAGCAUAGAGCAGUUCCUGUGACUGGAGGAACAGAGGUUGCAGGGCAGCAGAAAAAGGAAAAGUUGGAUCCUUUCGUGGCAUCGUCUUUGGGGCCUAUCAGUAAUUUGGAUCUGUUCACGGCCUCUCCACCAUUGCUGGAGAAAGAAGCCAAAAUCAGGGCUAAGAAUGUGCUGAGCUUGUUUGAAGAGGAGGAAGAGGAGAAAAUGGAAGAUCAAGACAUCAGUAAGAUUGAGCAGAAGGAAGUAAGGAAGCCUGCUGAGAAGAGCUCUCAUUCCAAAAGCACUGGAGUGUUUCAGGAUGAGGAACUUCUCUUCAGUCAUAAGCUACAGAAAGACAAUGAUCCUGAUGUUGAUCUCUUUGCCAGGUCCAAGAAAUCAGGGUCUGCAAAACUCCGUGUGAAGCUGUCAUCUGCAGGGGGGCUCUUUGGAGAUGAUGAUGAGGAUGAUCUCUUCAGUAUUGCUAAAGCAAAGCCUCUGAAAGCAGAAAAGAAAACAGCAGUGAAAAAGGACAGCUCUGGCCCUUCUCUGGAGAGCAUUAAGGGUCCGGAGAAUAUACCGAGUGCCAAACAAGAUGAGGUACCUAAACGAGAAACCACUGAGAAAUCCACAGGUCCUGCUUUCAUUAAAACCAAAGAGCCCUCGUCUCGGAUUGGAAAACUACAAGCUAAUUUAGCUAUUAACCCAGCAGCCUUACUACCCAGCGCAGUUCCUAAGAUCUCCAGUGUGAAGCCUGUAUUGCCAAAUUUGGAGACUCCCUUGCAUGAGCCAGAUGGUAUAAGAAGUGCUGAAACCUUUUCUGCUGCGGGAAACAGUGAGGAGGCUGGUGUGAGCUUUGAUCAUCCCAUGCAAGUGGAUAUCUUGCCCAGUGCUAAUAAGAGCAGGAUCAAGGUGACGAGCAAACGAAGGCCUCCCUCCAGGACAGCCCGGCGGCUAGCUGCUCAAGAGUCCAGCGAGAACGAAGAGCUGAACAGCACAGAGGAGCCGCAGCUGCCGCUCCCCAGACAGGGCUCUGCAUUAGUGGAUGGAAAGGAGCUCUGCACUGCUGAGCCAAAUGCGAAGGGAAGCACAGAAAACAUGUUGGUGGCUAAGCUGCCAUCACCAACAGAUGGUGGUAGCCUGUCACCUGGAAUGGCUGGAAGCCCUUCUGGGAAAGGCACAGGCCAAGAGGAUGACUUGUUUGGGUCCGACUAUCUCUUCGUGAAAAAUUCAGUGUCGAAGCCAGCAGCCAAAGCUAAAACCCCAGAGAUCUUGGCCAGGAAGCCCCUUAAAGGUGGUGAGAAGAAGCCUGCUCUGUCAGUGCUGGAUGAUCAGGGCAGCAAUGAUCUCUUUCAGCCCAUACUGCAGAAGGCAUCCAAGAAAAGCAGCCCCAUCUCUUUCCUGGAGGAUGAAGAUCUCUUCACUAGUCAGAAAACUGUGAGGAAGAAGGGAUUGAAACCCACCACCCAGCAAGACCUUGACCCAAAAGCCCAAGAUAUCUUUGAGGAUGAUAUAUUCGCAACAGAAGCCAUUAAACCUCUGAACAGAACAAAAGAGAGUGUGCUGGAUUCUAACCUGUUUGAUGAUAACACUGACAUUUUUGCGGAUCUCACCAUAAAACCAAAAGAAAAGAAGACCAAGAAAAAGGUGGAAUCCAAAUCCAUAUUUGAUGAUGAUAUGGAUGAUAUCUUCUCCUCUAGCAGCCAAACCAAGACGUCCACCCCCAAAGGCCGAUCCUCUCAGACAGCCUCUGAAUCGAAAUCUGAAAGCAAGGCAUCAAGUACAUUUGAUGACCCACUGAAUGCCUUUGGAGGCCAGUAGACAAUGGUGGGUGUUGCAGAGAGAGGGCCCUCUCUGCGAGGUUAUCCUGACCAGUACUAGUACUCUUAUGUCAGCUCUCUUUGAGUAGAGAAUCUGAUGACCAUGGACUUUCGAAUGACUGGCUCCCCACUUUACAUGGUUAGUAUCUCUUCCCUGCAAUGGGUCUAAUCAUGCCUAACACUGUAAAAAGACUCUCCAAUCAUAACUUUCUGCAGUCCUGUUUCAGUGCUGCCCAGAUGACAUAGCUUGUGCAAUACCUGUGAUAAUGUAAUCUAUUAUACAAAGUGUAAGUUCUUUUUUUGAACAGAUCUAUAGAAAAAAUCACUGAUAUUGUGAAAUAGUAAAUGGUGUCUGCUAAACCAA